AUGGCGUCAGCCGUGGAUUAUGUGUUGGUGCUGGUAGCUGCCGUGCUGGGACCGUACCACGUUGGGGUGGAAGGAGGGUGUGCUGGGAAGUGCUGCCGGGGUUCAGACAUCACCUGUGCAACGGCAGACUGGCGGAUGGACCGUGUGUUCGGCACCUGCUACUGCGACGAGGGCUGCCUCAGGACCAAAGACUGUUGCUAUGACUACCCCAACGAGUGCCCAGCCCAGUCGUGUGUGGUGACUGACUGGAGUCACUGGAGUGGUUGUGCCCAGCCCUGCCAGCGGUCCAGGAGGGUCCGGCAGCGCCACAUUGAGCAGGAGCCCAGGAACAGUGCAGAUCCAUGUCCCAGUCUGGAGGAGCAGGCUGGCUGCAUGGACUACCAGUCGAACCAUGGAGAGAUCUGCACUCAGAACACAGGUCCAGCUUUCAUCACCACCAGGGAGUUUGGUAAAGGAAGAACAAAGCCUAACAUCUACGGAGCACCUCUGUACCCUGGGUUCUGUAUGGAGUAUAAGAUGGAGUCUCUGACUACCCACUGUACGGUGGAGAACAGACCACACACCCUCUGGAUGCAGUACCUACGUGAGGGCUACACGGUGUGUGUGGAGUGCCAACCCCCCGCCAUGCGUAACCAUAGCGGCAGCUGCCAGGGAGACGGACAAGAAUCCAACAGUGAGGAGCUGCUCCAUUGGCAGGCUGUGGGGAACUCUGGCUGUCGUGGAACGUGGAAGAAGGUCCAGAGAACAGCAUACUGCUACUGUCCUCACGUCCACAGCUUCCUUUUCAUAUAAACACACAGGAAGUCUUACUUGCGGUCCUACUUGCACCCUUAUUCCCUAUAUGGUGCACUACUUUAGACCAUAACCCUAUGGCACCCUAUUCCCUAUAUAGUGCACUA